UGGGACCGAGAUUUUCUUCCGCCUUUCUUCUCAGAGGGCUUUGGCAGAGGCCGUAUCGACUUUUACCUACUAUUGCGCGACGUCACGCUGUCAGUUUCUCCUUUUGCUCUUUGCCUGAGCCAGCAGUGUAAAAAAGGGCUCUUUCCUUUUCGUUCGGGCUCGUCAAGGCUGUGUCCGCCGAUUGGUAGCUGCCACCAUGCCGAAGAAUAAAGGAAAGGGAGGUAAAAACAGACGACGAGGUAAGAAUGAAAAUGAAUCUGAAAAAAGAGAAUUGGUUUUUAAAGAGGAUGGACAAGAAUAUGCCCAAGUUAUCAAGAUGUUGGGAAAUGGCAGACUGGAGGCAUUAUGUUUUGAUGGUGUAAAAAGGCUGUGUCAUAUCAGAGGAAAGUUAAGAAAAAAGGUUUGGAUAAAUACAUCAGAUAUCAUACUGGUGGGUUUAAGAGACUACCAAGAUAACAAGGCUGAUGUCAUUCUAAAAUACAAUGCAGAUGAAGCCAGAAGCCUGAAGGCAUAUGGAGAACUUCCAGAGCAUGCCAAAAUUAAUGAAACCGAUACAUUUGGGCCUGGUGAUGAUGAUGAAAUCCAGUUUGAUGAUAUCGGGGAUGAUGAUGAAGAUAUUGAUGAUAUCUAAAUGGAACUGAGAGGAAUACAUUCCAACUUUCCACCUCAAUUAUUUUGUUUUCAAAUCUUUAUGCCUAAGAAGACUGAAACUGCACAACAUUUGUAGUUACAGCAUAUCAAUAUGUACCCAAUGUUUAAGUAUUUAUAUUUCUUUAAAAACAGAAGUUGGACUCAUAAAAGUUAAAUGAAAUAAUAUGGCUAUUUUUAUCUCUACAAUAGACUCUUACAUCUGUAUGUAAAUACACAUACUAUAAAUUUCACACUGGUUUAUCUGUUUUCAUCAAUAAAUGUCACUAAGACAUAUUUUUGAAAUAAAAAAUAUCACCCUAUAAUUAUCAAGAAUUUUGAUUAAAUACCAAUUCAGGUUAGUAUUCAGUUGGCAGAUGUAGUGUAGUUUCCUAGUAUCCCUUGACAACAAAGAAGAAUUCUAACAACUGUUAAUCCCUGAAUCUGCUUUAUAAGCUUUAGUUGCAUAUUAUUUUUAUACAGUAUUUAAUCAUUGUUUCCUUUUCAUAGAUAAUAUUUCUAGAGUGGAGAAAAAAUAGAUUUCAAAAAAUUAUGUAUGUUUGAACAGCUAGUUUGUAUUGGUAGUGAUAAUAUUGAAAUUAAUUUCUGGGUGGCAUCAAAUUUAAGGUAUUCAUUACUUUAACAGACAUACACUUGCCACAUAACCAAUUAAAAAUAUUUUGCCCUUAUGAAAUUAAAUAUUUCUGUUAAUAUAUAUAUUUUGCUGGAUACAGUGUUUCCAUGGGUUGCUUCAACUGGAAAGAUUAGGGAGAGUUUGGCUUAGCAGAUUCCCCCUUUCCUGAAAAUUGCUGUAAUGAUUUAGGAGAGAAUGUGCACAUAUGGCAGGAGGGAGGGGAAAGCCUAUAUUUACUAUAAUAACAAGAAUUGAUGCUAUUUGUGGAAGGGCAAGCUUAGAUUCAAUUCAGUUAAAUAGGUUCUUUAGAAAGAUUUCAUUUUAGUUUUAGAUUGAGUCUAUUAUGAGGUACAAUUUGAUAAGCAAUUUUGUAUGCUCUUUAUCAGUAUAUGUAAAUAUGACAUUCUGAAAACUUAAAUCUGAACCAUCAAAGAGACAAAUGAAUUGUUUGAGUUUGAUUAGAAGUAAAGACCUAAACUUUCGGCAAAGAUUAAUAGUCAUAUUUAUACAUACAUUGGAUUUGGUUGUCCUUAGUAUUCUGUUCUGUGUUUUCUGACUAAUAUAUUGACUGCAACAGUUUACAUAAUGAAAAUUAUGUUCAGAAGCUUAGUGGUUUUUUUAACAGAGAUGACAAUUAUUCAGAAAUCUGAGUUCUGAAUAUCACAUGCAUUUUGUUGCGUUUGAUUGCAACUGCAUUAUAUAGAUUGUUCACAAAUCAUGCUGAGCUGUAUAAUUUAACAUUGCUUAUCUUGCUGUCUGAACACAGACAAAUAUAGUUUAUUUAACAAAUCAUGGGUAAACAAGCUUUGCAUGCUAGACAAAUACAACCUUGUAUUACUAUUCAGUUACCCAUGAAACGUUGAAUUCUCAAGUUGAGGGCUCUUGACAAGUACUGAAGUUCCUACACUGCUUGCCACUUUUGCUAUUGAAUCAUACCAAAUUUGCUAUCAGAUGAUAUCAAAUGCUUCAUGUUGACAUGGCUUUUAUCAUGCUGCAAAUGUGCGGAAAAAAGAUUUUUUAAAACCACCAAGCCGGUCUGCUCUACUGUACUCUGUAAAUGUAUAGUGUCAAUUAGUUUUCUGAUCUUUAAAUAAUAUAAAAGGGUUUGGGAUGAGAAUCUAUUUGGAGCUUAACGACAGAUAAAAAAUGCAAAUAUUUACAUUUCCUUGAAUAAAAGAAACAAAACCAGAAAUGCUUGGAUGGAAGAAAAUAGUAGAUAUAGAAAUACUGAAAAUCUUACCACUAGUAAUGUUUCUAUUAAUGCCAAAAUUAAAGAUGCAUUGAAUGGUUUGAUUUAUAUAUAAAUUUAUUUUUUAACAGCAUCAUUUAUAUUAGUUUAAUUCUGUUUGCUCUGACUGCAGGUCUAAAUAUUAAAAACUAAGAUACCUAUAUAGGUUUAGACACGGGAAUUUAGCUUUGGAAUAGCAGUAAAAAGGCAGAUACUUUUGCAGUUGUGUUUCUUAAAGAUAUGCUUAUCUGACUAUUCAUCUAAGGAUCUUGGGUCAGGUGGGAUGUUUACUUUAUCUUCACAGCAACAUGAAUGAUAUAUGACAAAAUAUGGUUUGUUAAGAUCUCCCAGUGAACUGCAAUUACAUUACCAAUGUUUCUCAGAAUAUAUUUUUCAAACAUAAAUUGCAUAAUGUUAUUAAGUUUGUUAAUUUAAAGGUUUUCUGAAACUGGUGCUGCUGAAUCUCUUUGUCCGAAUGAAUAUGAAACUUUCUCAGUACAUAAGAUAUAAAUUUUGUUCAUGUAAUAGUAUUCUUGCCCUUAAAUAUCAACUGUUUUCUUAAAAACUGAUGCCAUGUAACAAUAUAGUGUGCUGAUCAUUUGUAUUUGAAAAAUAUGUACUUAAAGGUUGUUUAUGAUAGCUUAAUUAAACAGGCAUGUAACUCCAUUA